AUGUCUAGAACGAAAUCAUGGCCUCCUUGGUCAACCACCAACACUAAAUCAGCGCAUCCCUCACACCACGCCAACUCCCAAGGCACAGCUUUCAAGAACCCCUGGCCCUCAGCCGACCCCCCGAAUUGGACCGAACUCCUACAGUCAAAAUUCCCUUUAGAAUGGUACGAAGAUCUUUCGAAGAAGCACCCCGACACUAAAGAUGUGAAAGUUGUCGUUCCGGACUGGGGCGCGUCGACGUUGCAGAAGCGUGGCCUGGCGAGAGAUAAGUGUAUUGUUGCGACAGCGCUGGGCCAUGCGGGCGUUCUCACCGAACAGUCCCUGGAAAACGGGAAGAGCUUCUAUGUCGUAUAUGACCCUAUCUUCAGUGCUAGAGCUGGUCCUACGCAGUAUACAGGCCCGCAGAGGUUGAGGGGGUCGCCAUGUCAGGUGACUGAUUUGCCAGGCUGUGAUGCAGUAGUAAUAUCACACAAUCACUACGACCACCUCGAUCUCCCCACUAUCCAAGCAAUCCUUCAAAGGUUCCCGGAAGCUCGGUACUUUGUGCCCCUGGGCAACAAAUCCUGGCUCCGUGCGCUCGGUAUAUCGCCCGACAAAGUCACCGAGCUGGAUUGGUGGCAAAGCCGAAACUUUAGCGCCCAAGACUUCGGGCACCCUCCAGCUGUGUCUCCAACAGAAGAAACACUCCGCUUCACCUGCAUCCCAGCACAACACAAUUCUGGCCGCGGCGCCUUGGACCAAGGCACGACGCUUUGGUGUGGUUGGGUCAUAGAGCAUCUCAUCGGAUCAGAAGACGAAGCCACCCUUGCCAAAGCGAAACGGAAAAGCGCCAUCUACCAUGCAGGCGACACGGGGUACCGCCGCUCGGCUUCUUCCCCUGCCAUAUGUCCCAUUUUCAAAGAAAUAGGCGAAAGUCUCGGACCCUUCGAUGUUUCUUUCGUGCCCAUAUGGCGUGGUGGGACUUUAGGCUUCAUUUCACGCUUGGGACUGAGGCUCAGUCAUGAUGCGGUUCCUAGUGCUUUGCAUGCUAGUCCGGGUGAUGCUUUAGAUAUCCAUGAGGAAGUGAAGAGUCGCAAUACGGUUGCGAUUCAUUUUGGAAGUUUUGUGGGGAGCGACAAUGAGAGUUUGGAGGCUGUUCUUGAGUUUGAGGAGGAGAGGGAGUCGAGGGGCGUUUUGGAGUUGGAGGGGGGUGAGGAUACCGCGAAAGGGAGGGCAGGAAUGGUCGAUAUUGGGGGAAGUUUUGCUGUUGAGGUUGGAGUGAAAGAUGCAUAA